CUCCAUAUGUCAAAAUCCCAAAACGCAACACACGAUUUUUGUAGUGGAACAUGCAAAUGCACCGUCGAUUACUGCUGCUGCUGCUAGUCUAGUUCUACUACGUGCCUGGUCACAGCUCACAGCUCACAACUCGCUCGCAUGUGUUCAUACAACAUCCAUAUCUUCUUGCUCCCCCAUGUCCAUGCAUGUAUAUAUAUAUAUGUGCAGCCGUACUUGAAAACCAAAACCAGGAUUCAUCGAUAUAGCUAGAGCUAGAAGUUUAUUGCAAUUAAGGUCCCAUGGCCAUCAACAAUGAUGUCCUCCCCUCCUCCUCCUCCUCUUUCUUUAUAUUCGCCUCCUCAUCAGCUUUCACAGCUCUGGUUGUCCUCCUCCUCCUCCUUUUUCUUUAUAAUAAUAAAGUUGUCAAGCCCAGGAGACGCGACGUUAAGUCUCGUUUGAAGCUUCCUCCUGGAAGCUAUGGAUGGCCGAUAGUGGGCGAAACGGCGGAAUUCUUCCGGAGGUGCAUGGAAGGAGCGCCGGAGACAUUCAUCAAUGACAGGGUCGAAAGAUACCAGUGUGAUCGUGUCUUCAAGACUUCGCUUUUCGGAGAGCGUGUGGCCAUACUCUGCGGAGCCUCCGGUAACAAGUUCCUGUUUAGCAAUGAGAAUAAGCUGGUCCACGUCUGGUGGCCGGCCUCCGUGAGAAGGUUGCUCGGGCCUUGUCUGGCAACCAGCGUAGGGGAUGAAGCAAAGAUGAUGAGAAAGAUGCUGUCAUAUUUCGUUAAUCCUGAUGCAUUCAUGCGUCUGUACUCUAACACCAUUGAUUCCGUCACGCGCCAACAUAUCACCACUCAUUGGCAGGGCAAAGAGGAGGUUACUGUGUUUCCGGCCGCCAAGUUGUACCUGUUCGAACUUGCUUGUCGCCUAUUUUUGAGCCUCGAAGAACCCCAGCGUAUUGCAAAAUUGGCAGCCGACUUCAAUAUUUUCCUCAAGGGGCUCGUAUCCAACCCCAUCAACUUCCCGGGGACUAGAUUCUACAAGGCCCUCAGAGCAACAGCUGCUAUCAAGAAACAACUUCUAACCCUAGUUAGACAGAGGAAGGUAGCCUUGCAAAUGGGUAGAGCUUCACCUUCCCAGGAUCUUCUGUCGCACUUGCUGGUCACUCCCAACCAGAAUGGGGCGUUCAUGAGUGAAGCCAUGAUAGUAAACAACAUAUUAUUGCUACUCUUCGCGGGCCACGAUACUUCCGCAGCUGCAAUAACAUCCCUCGUCAAGGCUCUGGGAGAACAUCCUCAAGUGUACCACAAAGUGUUUCAAGAGCAAAGUGAGAUUGCAUCAUCAAAAGUGGGAGCAGCUGGAGAUGAUGAGUUGCUUCAAUGGGAGGAUAUACAGAAGAUGAAGUACUCGUGGAACGUGGUUUCUGAAGUGAUGAGAUUGACACCUUCUGGGAUCGGGAUUUUUCGAGAAGCCCUGACAGACCUCAAGUACGAAGGUUAUGACAUCCCCAAAGGAUGGAAGUUGUAUUGGAGUUCUGCUUUCACGCAUAGGGAUGCAAAUUUGUUCCCAGAGCCCACAAAAUUCGAUCCAUCGAGAUUUGACGAGGGAGGAGACCAUACUUUGAUCCCAUUUUCUUACGUAUCUUUUGGAGGAGGGCCUCGGAUGUGCAUCGGGAAAGAGUUCGCAAAGAUUGUCAUACUCACAUUUUUGCACCACCUGGUUAACAGGUUCAGGUGGGAUCUGGUUAUUCCUGAUGAGAAAGUGGAAUAUGAUCCCACUCCUAUCCCUGUCAAAGGACUUCCAGUUCGCGUUUUGCCUCACAUCCCCUGUGUCCCAUGAUUCCAUUGCUCUGCACUGCAGCUAUAUUAGUCCAGCAGCUAGACAAGGAGCUAGCUAGUCACCAUAUCUACCCGGCCAACACCAUCAUUUCGUAUUAGUUUGGCGUUCGUAAUUCCACAGUAAAAGCCACACUUUUCCUUGGAGUAAUCUUAUGUACUGCUGUCAAUAAUUGUCAUCUAGAAUAAAAAUUCUCACGCUGCUGGCUCUUAAAUGAGGAUACUGUUUGGAUUUAGGAAAAAAAAAAAAAAAGAACAAAAAGAGUGGCUGGGAAUUGAUACAGUGCGCCUUUUGUAACGAAAUGUAUGUAAAAUUAUAAUAAAAAAUUGUGUUUAUGAUGCAACUUGAACAACUA